GGAGGGGCCCCCCCAGCAAGAGCAGAUCUCUCACACAAAGCUUUCUGCGGAUGAUGAGUGGAACCUGCAGCAGGAGAGGAUGUACAGGCUGCACCGGGGACAUGAGUCCAUGCACCUGGAGAUGAUCGUGGUCUUCCUCUGCGCCCUGGUCGUCGCCCAGGUAGUGCUGGUGCGGUGGAGACAGAGGCACGGCCGCUCCUACAACCUGGUGACCCUGUUGCAGAUGUGGGUUGUCCCUUUGUAUUUCACGAUAAAACUUUACUGGUGGCGAUUUCUGUCUAUGUGGGGAAUGUUCUCAGUUAUUACCAGCUACAUCCUCUUCAGAGCCACCCGAAAACCCCUCUCAGGGAGAACACCACGGUAUGUAUUCCGUUCAUUCCUUCCCCAGCACACCCUUCAGUUCAACCAUGAGAAAGUAUAUUUCAUUUCCUUUUUCCUGAUGGGGAGUAGGGUGUUACACCUCUUUGACCCUUCGUUGCAAAACUGUUUGGAGACUUGCUCUACCGCUGUGCGUUCACAUUCAUAUUUAAUGGAGAUUCAGACAUGCCUGUAAAUCUUAUUGUUUUAGACAAUAGCUAGUGAAGGCCAGGAGGAAGAGAAGUGAAACCAUUGUUUAAAUUUUCUAGAGCACUAUUUGCAUGUUGAUUUUUAGCUCAGCAUUUUAUAGGGUUCUAUGCUAAGUCAGGUCACAGACAUUUUAUCAUAAAAUAAGAGUUAGAAGUUUGCACUUCUAACAACUAUGUACGUAUUUCACAUCUGAUAAAUCAUAAGCAACGGACAAGCUAUUACUCACAUAACAAAUGAGGCUUUAAUAUUCCAACGCUCACUUUAGUUACCACUGCCAACCUCUUGAAAUGUAUAUAGUUCCAUCGGAUCAUUCACUAAUCUUUCCAAAGUGUUUAUAA